GUUCCCGCGUCCUUAGGGGUUGAUCCCUGACAGCCUGCCGCGCGCUGUCACGUGUUUUUUCAGAAAGAUAGAAAGAAAACCGAAAGCCCGUCUUCUUCCAUUUGCCACCAACACGAAGCAGUUGGACUCUUCUCAGCAAACGAGCAAUAACAGUCGGUACAAAGUGAAAUGAGCGAGCAGAUUUCAGAGGAGAGGAGUUAUGAUCUGGGAGACGCCUCUCUUACAUUUGUUGACAGACCAGAUGACUUAGAUCCGUUCCCACCUGAGGACGGGGUCGAGCGGCCAAGAGCGGAGAUGUCUUGCGGUCACGCCGUCACGCCACAAUCUCUGACCGGAUGGUGUCGCAGUUUGCUGGACCAGGGCCAGUACACGUUUAACUGCCCUGCCCUUGCGGUGGGCACAGUGCCGUGUGGUGCAGUGUGGGAUUACACAGAGGUCCGCCGGCUGGCCUUACUGACAGAAGAAGAGAUGCUGGACUUUGAAAUGACAUUGGGCCGUCUAGCCGCCGCACAGUUUUGUGACUUUAAAGCAUGCCCUGGCUGUAAAACCUACGUGGAAAGAGAAGCGUUAGACAAUCUCUGUUUCGACUGCACUAUCUGUGAGGAAAGCGGUAAGCCCACCAUGCAGUUCUGCUGGCAGUGUCUGAGGCCCUGGAAGGGGAAGGCGCCGCGCAGCGACCGCUGCGACAACGACAACUGCUCAGACAAGGAUCUGGAGCUGCUGAAAGGGUGUGACACCAUCACGCUGUCCCAGGUGGCGGGGGUGGGGCCCUGCCCUUCCGUCCGGGCCUGCCCCACCUGUGGCAUAAAGGUGGAGCACGACCAGACCGGCUGCAAGAACAUCCUGUGCCCACGCUGCAAGGUGGAGUUCUGCUUCGUGUGUCUGAAGCUCAAGAUAGAUUGCCUGGAGACCAGUAACUAUUUCACAGCCUGCAGCAGCGGCAUCGCACCGAGGCAGACCGCCAUGCCAAUAUGGAACAGAAAAUAAUGCUUUGUUUGUUUUAUCAUUCAUGUUGCCUUAUAAAAUGAUUAUAUGACAAUAAAACGUUGUAAUGCAAUGCA